AGACAUCCCAUGAGUCAUAAAGUUUGAUGUCCUGCCCAAAGUUUAGACCCGACUGGAGCAAAAGUUUUUUCUAGAAAGUGAGCUGCGGAGAUUUGUUCUACGAACUAUGAAUCUGUUAAGUAAGAACAUUCUCUAACAGCUUCAACUGGGCCGGAACACAGGAGAGAGGUCGGACUCCUCCAGCUUGUUGGGUUUGUUCGUGUUUUGUGGCGUCUGCUGCUUUUUUCCUUUUUUUUUUGUUGGAAAAGUUUGGGCCGGACGACAACAGCUUCCAGAGUGGAGGAGUUAUGCGCUUUGUUACAUUCACAAGUAUGCCAGCAAGAACCACCAGGAAAGCGCUGUCUUUCACUGCAGACUUCGACAGCUAACACACUUUGGAAGAAACUAAAGUUAGUCGAGUGUUCAACUUUAGAAUGACUCGGGAGAACUUCUACUGAGUGUUGUCGAGGUUUCCUGCUGUGUGUGUGUGUCUGUGUGUAUGUGUGUGUGUGUGUGUGUGUGAGAAGAAAAAAAAAGUUUGGGAUUGUGCUCAAACUUUUCUUUUUUGUGAGUUCCUGAACGCGACAUUUUCGGACCCAUCAAAGUUUGCAGCCUGCUUUGGGACGAUGGAUCCGAGCCAGCACAACCCUCCUGCCGGACACCAGAUCGUCCAUGUCCGGGGCGACUCAGAGACCGACCUGGAGGCUCUGUUUAACGCCGUGAUGAACCCGAAGAACACUAUCAUGCCUCCUUCUGUACCCAUGAGGAUGAGGAAACUACCAGACUCCUUCUUCAAACCCCCUGAACCAAAGUCCCAUUCCAGACAAGCCAGCACUGACGCUGGGAGCGGCGGAGUCCUCACACCCCACCACGUCCGUGCACACUCGUCCCCGGCCUCCCUCCAGUUGGGAGGUGUUACCGGCGGCUCCCUGUCCAUGCCCCCGCCAGGUGCUUCCCCUCAGCAUCUCCGUCAGUCUUCGUAUGAGAUUCCUGAUGAUGUGCCCCUGCCCCCGGGGUGGGAGAUGGCCAAGACCAACUCUGGCCAGAGAUACUUCCUCAACCACAUUGAUCAGACCACGACUUGGCAGGAUCCUCGCAAGGCCCUCCUCCAGAUGAACCAGGCGGUUCCCCCGGCCAGUUCUGUGCCAGUCCAGCAACAGAACAUUAUGAACCCAGCCAGUGGUCCUCUCCCUGAGGGCUGGGAACAAGCUAUAACAUCAGAGGGAGAAAUUUACUACAUCAACCACAAGAACAAGACCACAUCCUGGCUUGACCCACGACUUGACCAGCGUUUUGCCCUGAACCAGCAGAGGAUCUCCCAGAGCGCUCCAGGGAAGCUCCCUCCUGGCAUCAUGGGAAACAACAACCAGAUGAGACUGCAGCAGAUUGAGAAGGAAAGGCUGAGACUGAAGCAACAGGAGCUGCUUCGGCAGAGACCACAGGAGCUCGCAAUAAGGAAUCAGCUGCCUACCAGUAUGGAUCAAGAUGGCGGCACGAACCCCGUGUCCUCCCCUAUGGCCCAGGAUGCCCGGACCAUGACCGCCAACAGCUCUGACCCAUUCCUCAACAGCGGGACCUACCACUCCAGGGAUGAGAGCACAGACAGCGGCUUGAGUAUGAGCAGCUACAGCGUCCCUCGCACUCCAGAUGACUUCCUCAACAGCGUGGACGAGAUGGACACAGGCGACCCUCUUCCACCCUCCAUGGGAACACAGCCCAGUCGUUUCCCCGACUACCUGGACGCCAUCCCGGGAACAGACGUGGACCUGGGCACCCUGGAGAGUGAGAGCAUGGCGGUGGAGGGCGAGGAGCUGAUGCCCAGUCUCCAGGAGGCCCUGAGCUCUGACAUCCUCAAUGACAUGGAGACAGUGCUGGCAGCUACCAAGAUUGACAAGGAGAGCUUCCUCACGUGGUUAUAGAAGAUCCGAGCGGGGCGCUCCUUUUACUCCUCACUCCUACACUCUGAACUGCUGCCUGCUCUGCUGAUCUGUGAAGGAGUCAUAGAUGCUUUUUACAAGACAUUUCAGCGAGCCUCUCUGGACUUCUGUUGUCUGUCUCGGCGUGUAAGGCCAACCUCUUUUGAGGCAGUAUUGUUUUCUUUCUUUUCACUGGUGUGUUAUCUCUUUUAUUUUGUCUGUGUCUUCAAGGCUGGCCCAUGAACAGACAAUUAAGCAAGGGUCCCCAAAUCUUUCACAGAUCUGAAUGAACGAGUGAAUCUCUCUCUUCUCCUGGCCUCCCCUCAGAGCUGAGCUGGGCGGGUGCAUGUACUCUUCUGCAAGGACUGCCAUCAUCAACUGGAGUCUCUGGUGCCUCUUUUUU